AUGGCCAAACUAACCGCGUAUAUAAAGCGCAAAGAGAAUCAAGCCAAUAGUGAAGCCGCCGAGGUAGAUAGAGAGUGCUCAGAUGGCGGGUGCAAAUAUGUUGGUGCUCACUUAUCAAUCCAAAAUGGGAUUGAUCUUGUUGUUAAUGAAGUUGAGCGAAUUGGAGGUAAAGCUGCAGCUAUGUUCUUAAAGAACCAGCGCACAUUUAAAAGCACGCCGUACACUCCAGCUACUAUUAAAGCCUUUAGAGAGAGUUCCAGCGAUAUAAAAGAGUACUAUCUACCCCAUGCUUCCUAUCUUAUCAACUUAGCCCAGCCCGAUCCAGAAAAAGGAGAAAGAGCCUAUCAGAUGUUUGUGGACGACAUGAAACGAUGCGAACAAUUGGGCAUUCCUAAUCUGAACUUUCAUCCAGGCAGUAAUGUAGGCGGGUUGCCAGUCGCUGAGGCCUGCCAGCUUAUUUCUAGCCGGAUCAACCGCGCUCUCCAGGAAACAACUGGAGUUUGUGCCGUCAUUGAAAACAUGGCCGGCCAAGGCAAAGUGCUUGGAGUGACGUUUCAAGAAAUCGCGAUGAUGAUCGAAGGUGUAACUGAUAAAUCCCGAGUCGGUGUUUGUCUAGACACGUGCCAUCUUUUUGGAGCUGGGUAUGACAUCCGUACUUCUACCUCCUUUGCCAAAAUCAUGAAGGAGUUUGAUACAGUUGUUGGCCUGUCUUACCUCAAAGGAGUCCAUCUCAAUGAUAGCAAACAGCCACUUGGCAGUCGUCGUGAUCGCCAUGAGUCCCUUGGCAAAGGCCUAAUUGGCCUCGAGGCUUUCUCUUUCAUCAUGAAUUCAUCCAUGUUUUCUGAUAUCCCGCUUAUUCUUGAAACACCCGAUCCCAGUAUCUAUGCCAAAGAAAUCGCACUACUCUAUGACCUCAUCAAAAAGAAAGACGCAGACCAAUCCAAUACCACUAUCUCACAAGUCCAAUAA